AUGAGAUUCUUAAGAUUUAUUUCUACGGUUGCAUUAUUGAUUACUGGAUUGGCAACCGCACAGCCAGUUGGAGAAGAAUUAGGCGAAACAGUCGAAGUUCCCUCCGAAGCAUUUAUAGGCUACUUGGAUUUCGGUGCAACCAAUGACGUCGCUAUUCUUCCAAUUUCCAAUAAAACAAACAAUGGUUUGCUUUUCGUUAAUACUACCCUGUAUAAUCAAGCCACUAAAGGAGAGAAAUUAUCGGAUUUCACCAAGAGGGAUGCCAAUCCUGAUGCUGAAGCUGAAGCAUGGCAUUGGGUCAAAAUAAGAAAAGGUCAAGGUCUAUUCAGAAGAAGUGCCGAUGCUAGUCCAGAGGCUGAAGCAUGGCAUUGGGUCAGGUUGAGAAAAGGCCAAGGUCUAUUCAGAAGAAGUGCCGAUGCUAGUCCAGAAGCUGAAGCAUGGCAUUGGGUCAGGUUGAGAAAAGGCCAAGGUUUAUUUUAA